AUGUCCACACCCACAGACCCUGGCGCGAUGCCCCACCCGGGGCCUUCGCCGGGGCCCGGACCCUCUCCCGGACCGAUUCUCGGACCUAGUCCGGGGCCUGGGCCGUCCCCAGGUUCCGUCCACAGUAUGAUGGGGCCAAGUCCCGGACCUCCGAGCGUCCAGCACCCUAUGCCUACGAUGGGGUCUGCCGACUUCCCACAGGAGGGCAUGCAUCAAAUGCACAAGCCCCUGGACGGCAUGCACGACAAGGGGAUUGUGGAAGACAGCCACUGCGGGCCCAUGAAGGGCACCGGCAUGCGACCGCCUCACCCGGGGAUGGGCCCGCCCCAGAGCCCGAUGGAUCAACACAGCCAAGGCUACAUGUCGCCACACCCGUCUCCCCUGGGAGCCGCGGAGCACAUCUCCAGCCCUAUGUCGUCGGGAGGCGGCCCCACCCCACCCCAGAUGCCACCGAGCCAGCCCGGGCCCCUCAUCCCCGGCGACCCGCAGGCCAUGAGCCAGCCCAGCAGAGGCCCCUCGCCUUUCAGUCCCGUCCAGCUGCACCAGCUGCGGGCUCAGAUUUUAGCUUAUAAGAUGCUGGCCCGGGGCCAGCACCUCCCCGAGACGCUGCAGCUCGCGGUCCAGGGGAAGAGGACGUUGCCUGGCAUGCAGCAGCAGCAGCAGCAGCCGCCGCCGCAGCCCCAGCAGCAGCCGCCGCCCCAGCCGCAGCAGCCGCAGCAGCAGGCCCUCGUGAACUUCAACAGGCCAGCUGGCCCCGGGCCAGAGCUGAGCGGCCAGAGCACCCCGCAGAAGCUCCCCGUGCCUGCGCCCAGCGGCCGGCCCUCACCCGCGCCCCCCGCAGCAGCCCAGCCGCCCGCAGCUGCAGUGCCCGGGCCUUCGGUGCCGCAGCCUGCGCCUGGGCAGCCCUCGCCCAUCCUGCAGCUGCAGCAGAAGCAGAGCCGGAUCAGCCCCAUCCAGAAACCGCAAGGCCUGGACCCCGUGGAGAUUCUGCAGGAGCGGGAAUACAGACUCCAGGCUCGCAUAGCUCACAGGAUACAAGAACUGGAAAACCUGCCUGGCUCUCUGCCACCAGAUUUACGAACCAAAGCAACCGUGGAACUGAAAGCACUUCGGUUACUCAAUUUCCAGCGUCAGCUGAGGCAGGAGGUGGUGGCCUGCAUGAGGCGGGACACGACCCUGGAGACGGCUCUCCACUCCAAGGCGUACAAGCGGAGCAAGCGCCAGACCCUGCGGGAAGCCCGCAUGACGGAGAAGCUGGAGAAGCAGCAGAAGAUCGAGCAGGAGAGGAAGCGCCGGCAGAAGCACCAGGAAUACCUGAACAGUAUUUUGCAACAUGCGAAAGAUUUUAAGGAGUACCAUCGUUCCGUGGCCGGGAAGAUCCAGAAGCUUUCCAAAGCAGUGGCGACGUGGCAUGCCAACACGGAGAGGGAGCAGAAGAAAGAGACAGAGCGGAUCGAGAAGGAGAGGAUGCGCAGACUGAUGGCUGAAGACGAAGAGGGAUACAGGAAAUUGAUCGAUCAAAAGAAAGACAGGCGUUUAGCUUACCUUCUACAGCAGACCGAUGAGUACGUGGCCAACCUGACCAGCCUGGUUUGGGAGCACAAGCAAGCCCAGGCGGCCAAGGAGAAGAAGAAGAGGAGGAGGAGGAAGAAGAAGGCUGAAGAAAAUGCAGAGGGAGGAGAGUCUGCCCUGGGACCGGAUGGAGAGCCGAUAGACGAGAGCAGUCAGAUGAGUGACCUUCCCGUCAAAGUAACUCACACAGAAACCGGCAAGGUCCUGUUUGGACCAGAAGCACCCAAAGCAAGUCAGCUGGACGCCUGGUUGGAAAUGAACCCUGGCUAUGAAGUUGCCCCCAGGUCCGACAGCGAAGAGAGUGAUUCUGAUUAUGAGGAGGAGGACGAGGAGGAGGAGUCCAGUCGGCAGGAAACGGAAGAGAAAAUACUUCUGGAUCCGAACAGUGAAGAAGUCUCGGAGAAGGACGCCAAGCAGAUCAUCGAGACGGCCAAGCAGGACGUGGACGAUGAGUACAGUAUGCAGUGCAGUGCCAGAGGCUCCCAGUCCUACUACACGGUGGCCCACGCCAUCUCCGAGAGGGUGGAGAAGCAGUCCGCCCUCCUCAUCAACGGGACCCUGAAGCACUACCAGCUCCAGGGCCUGGAAUGGAUGGUCUCCCUGUAUAAUAACAAUCUGAACGGGAUCUUAGCUGACGAAAUGGGCCUGGGCAAGACCAUACAGACCAUUGCACUCAUCACUUACCUGAUGGAGCACAAACGGCUCAAUGGCCCCUAUCUCAUCAUCGUGCCCCUUUCGACGCUGUCUAACUGGACAUAUGAAUUUGACAAAUGGGCUCCUUCUGUGGUGAAAAUUUCUUACAAGGGCACCCCUGCCAUGCGCCGCUCCCUGGUCCCCCAGCUGCGGAGUGGCAAGUUCAACGUCCUCCUGACAACCUACGAGUACAUUAUCAAAGACAAGCACAUCCUUGCAAAGAUCCGGUGGAAGUACAUGAUCGUGGACGAGGGCCACCGGAUGAAGAACCACCACUGCAAGCUGACCCAGGUCCUGAACACUCACUACGUGGCCCCCAGGAGGAUCCUGCUGACCGGGACCCCGCUGCAGAACAAGCUCCCGGAGCUCUGGGCGCUCCUCAACUUCCUGCUCCCCACCAUCUUCAAGAGCUGCAGCACCUUCGAGCAGUGGUUCAAUGCUCCGUUCGCCAUGACUGGAGAAAGGGUGGACUUGAAUGAAGAAGAAACUAUAUUGAUCAUCCGGCGUCUACAUAAGGUCUUGCGUCCAUUUCUACUGAGGAGACUGAAGAAGGAAGUGGAAUCCCAGCUUCCAGAAAAGGUUGAAUACGUGAUCAAGUGUGACAUGUCAGCUCUGCAGAAGAUCCUGUAUCGCCACAUGCAAGCCAAGGGGAUCCUCCUAACAGAUGGUUCUGAGAAAGAUAAGAAGGGGAAAGGUGGUGCUAAGACACUCAUGAACACUAUCAUGCAGCUGCGAAAAAUCUGCAAUCACCCCUAUAUGUUUCAGCACAUUGAGGAAUCCUUUGCUGAACACCUGGGAUACUCGAACGGGGUCAUCAAUGGGGCUGAGCUGUAUCGGGCCUCAGGAAAGUUUGAGCUACUUGAUCGUAUUCUGCCAAAAUUGAGAGCAACUAACCACCGCGUGCUGCUUUUCUGCCAGAUGACGUCGCUCAUGACCAUCAUGGAGGAUUACUUUGCUUUUCGGAACUUCCUUUACCUGCGCCUGGACGGCACCACCAAGUCUGAAGAUCGUGCUGCUCUGCUGAAGAAAUUCAACGAGCCCGGGUCCCAGUAUUUCAUUUUCUUGCUGAGCACGAGAGCGGGAGGCCUGGGCUUAAACCUCCAGGCCGCUGACACCGUGGUCAUCUUUGACAGUGACUGGAACCCUCAUCAGGACCUGCAAGCCCAGGACCGGGCCCACCGCAUCGGCCAGCAGAACGAGGUGCGGGUGCUGAGGCUCUGCACGGUGAACAGCGUGGAGGAAAAGAUCCUGGCCGCCGCCAAGUACAAGCUCAACGUGGAUCAGAAGGUGAUCCAGGCGGGCAUGUUCGACCAGAAGUCUUCGAGCCACGAGCGGAGGGCGUUCCUGCAGGCCAUCCUGGAGCACGAGGAGGAGAACGAGGAAGAAGACGAAGUCCCGGACGACGAGACUCUGAACCAAAUGAUCGCUCGGCGAGAAGAAGAAUUUGAUCUUUUCAUGCGCAUGGACAUGGACCGGCGCAGGGAGGAUGCCCGCAACCCGAAGCGCAAGCCCCGCCUCCUGGAGGAGGACGAGCUGCCCUCCUGGAUCAUUAAGGACGACGCCGAAGUGGAGCGGCUCACCUGUGAGGAGGAGGAGGAGAAGAUAUUUGGGAGGGGCUCCCGCCAGCGCCGGGACGUGGACUACAGCGACGCCCUCACCGAGAAGCAGUGGCUGCGGGCCAUUGAAGACGGCAAUUUGGAAGAAAUGGAAGAGGAAGUACGGCUUAAGAAACGAAAAAGACGAAGAAACGUGGAUAAAGAUCCCGCCAAAGAAGAUGUGGAAAAAGCUAAGAAGAGACGGGGUCGCCCCCCCGCAGAGAAGCUGUCACCAAACCCCCCCAAACUGACAAAGCAGAUGAAUGCCAUCAUCGAUACUGUGAUCAACUACAAAGACAGUUCAGGGCGACAGCUCAGUGAAGUCUUCAUUCAGUUACCUUCAAGGAAAGAAUUGCCAGAAUACUAUGAAUUAAUUAGGAAGCCGGUGGAUUUCAAAAAAAUAAAGGAAAGGAUUCGUAACCACAAGUACCGGAGCCUGGGCGACCUGGAGAAAGACGUCAUGCUGCUCUGCCACAACGCACAGACCUUCAACCUGGAGGGCUCCCAGAUCUACGAAGACUCCAUUGUCUUACAGUCGGUGUUUAAGAGCGCGCGGCAGAAAAUUGCCAAAGAGGAGGAGAGCGAGGACGACAGCAACGAAGAGGAGGAGGAGGAAGACGAAGAGGAAUCUGAGUCGGAAGCAAAGUCUGUUAAGGUGAAGAUCAAGCUCAAUAAAAAAGACGAGAAAGGUCGGGACAAGGGAAAAGGCAAGAAAAGGCCAAAUCGAGGAAAAGCCAAACCUGUGGUGAGCGACUUCGACAGCGACGAGGAGCAGGAUGAGAACGAACAGUCAGAAGCAAGCGGGACUGAUGACGAGUGA